GUUUACAUCACUUAAAAAAAAAAAAAAUUUUUGGUUGUUUUUUUUUUUGUUUAUGCUAUUAAAAAUAUCUAUUAUUACCUUAUAAAGGUGAUGUUGUUUUGCUUUAAUAUUAAAUAAGUCCUCUAGCGAGUGGUGAGCUUGAAUUGUAAUUGUUUUAUUUGGGGAAGCUAUUCUAGAUCUUGGUCUCUUGGUUGUUUCUGGCUGCCAGGAAGGUAUUUCAACAGCAGAAUGAGUAUGGAACUUGAAUUGAAGAAUGUGGCUCUGACAGCUGGAGAAAAGCUGAAAGUGAAGGGAGAGAUUCUCCAUGAUGCUGAGAGAUUCCAGAUCGAUCUUGGUUGUGACCCAGAAGACUUGGCUCUACACUUUAACCCUCGUUUCCAUGACGAUGCUGAUGGUGCUGUGCUUGUCUGUAACUCAAAGACUGGUGGGUGCUGGGGUGAUGAAAAACGGGAAAUUGACAACCCUCUGCAGAGGGGCAGUGAUGUAAAGAUUGUGUUAAAACUGUCUGGAGACAUGUUUGAGGUGGAGCUACCUGAUGGACAGGAGGUCCAGUUUCCUAACCGUGCUGGGAUGGACGUCAUCACCUACAUCAGAAUUACAGGAGACUUCAAACUCACAAGUUUUAAGAUCUGCUGAGAGACAAACAUCUGCAGUUGUCUUGAUGAUUAAAUCUGAAAUGUGGGUAAAAAUUGUUAAAACAUAGAUUGUCUUGGUACAAAUGCAUCAUAAAAUACUUAAUAGUUUAACUGGAAAUA